AUGGCAGCUGCACUGGGCACGAUUGGGGAAUUCGUUCCGGCGGAAGCGCCGUCUUGGCCCUUGUAUUUGGAGCGCCUCGAAUUUUUCUUUCAAGCAAACGACAUCGACGGUAACGAGAAGAAGCGAGCAACGCUCUGCAGCGUUUGCGGCCCAGCAACGUAUGCCAUCGUUCGUUCCCUUUGUUCUCCGGAUGCGCCGUCGGCGGUGGCCUACGAUGAGAUCGUCAGGCGUCUCUCAAACCACUUCUCGCCGCGACCGUCGGUGACAGUACAGCGUUUCAAGUUUGGCACGCGUCAGCAGCAGCCCGGUGAGUCAAUUGCCGACUACAUCGCAGAACUGCGACGUCUCUCGGAACAUUGUGAUUUCGGUGCGUCGCUCGACGACAUUUUGCGCCACCGACUGGUGUGCGGGGUGCGAAGCGAGACUCUUCAGCGUCGGUUGCUGGCGGAGCCGGAGCUUACGUUUGCGACAGCUCGGGAGAAAGCCAUUGCCAUGGAAUCUGCGCAGCGACAGACUGAGCAAAUUCGCGGCAGUGCCACAUCGUCUGAAGCAUGCAGCGUGAGCGGGAAGCGUUUCGACCCAUGUGUUACGAAGGUCUCUGCGCCAGUGACAGCCAAGGAGGGUACCCAGAAGCAGGCUGGUUCGCCUGGGAGCACAAGUGGAUGUUUCCGCUGCAAGGGUGCGCAUUCGCCAAGCAGUUGCCCAUUCAUUAAUGUGCAGUGCCACUUUUGCAAGCAACGGGGGCACAUAGUAAGAGCAUGCAGGAGGAAGGCUACAGCUCGCGCUUCGGCUGAACCGAACUCUCCGAAUGGAAAACGGGCCAAUGGAGGCCGUCACAAGAAUGCUGCGUCGGACGUAUACGACGUGUUCGUACUGUCUGGUGAGGAGCCUGCCGUGAGAGUGGAAGUGCGCGUCAACGGAAGUCCCCUAGAGAUGGAGGUGGACUCGGGUGCAGUGUGUUCAGUCAUCAACGACCGGACUAUGCGGAAGCUGCGAAUAUCGAAAAGGGCGUUGCGCCCAAGUAGCCUUCACCUCCGAGCUUACAAUAACAAGGAACUACGAGUGUUGGGUGAACUGACCGUGACGGUGGAAUUUAGGGGGCAGGAACAUCGCCUGCGAUUGGUGGUGGUUAAGGGUGCUAGUAUCGGACGUAUCGGUCGGGACUGGUUCAAGUCCUUGGGAAUAAGUCUGAGUGGCGUUCACUCUGUGUGCGAGCCGAGUAGAACUGGCAGUAAAGGAACAACGGCCUUGCUCAAGAAGUAUUCUUCAGUCUUUGAGCCUGGACUUGGGACAAGUAAAGGGCCUCCUGUACGCACAGAGGUGAACCCGGCAACUCCGCCGCGAUUUCUGAAGCCACAGCAAGUACCGUUUGCAUUGAGACCGAAGGUCGACGAAGCACUGGACAGGUUGGUGAGCCAAGGCAUUUUCCAGCCUGUACGGCACUCGAAGUGGGCAACACCUGUCGUUCCAGUUGUCAAAAAAGAUGGAUCGAUAAGGAUCUGCGGGGACUACAAGAGCACAAUCAAUCGUGUGGUGCAGUGGGAAACGUAUCCUCUGCCAACACCAGAGCAGCUGUUUGCCAGGCUGGCAGGUUGCUCGAAGUUUUCAAGGCUAGACCUCGGACAAGCGUAUCAACAGAAGACUGUUGAUGAAGAAACAGCUGACUUGUUGACGGUUACAACACAUCGGGGGCUGUUCCGCGUAACCCGUCUUCAAUUUGGCGUGGCAGUGGCAGUGGCUAUUUUUCAGAGGUACAUGGAAGAACUGUUGCAUGGAAUUGAUGGUGUGCUGGUGUUCUUGGAUGACAUCUUGAUCGGUGGAAGGGAUGAGGCACAGCACCAUGCUUGUUUGCAAGAGGUGCUCAAAAGAAUCCACGAAGACGGUCUGCGACUGAAAUUUGACAAAUGUCAAUUUUGUGUUGAGGAAGUGCGUUACUUGGGAUUCAGCGUGAACUCUGCAGGUGUGCAGCCGACAGAAGACAAGGUGCGUGCUAUUCACGAGGCCCCGGAGCCAACAUGCAAAAAGGAGCUUCAAGCCUUUUUGGGAGCUCUGAACUUUGACAAGUUUCUUAAAGGAGCAGCACAUGCCUUGGAGCCACUGAACCGGCUGUUGGACAAAAGUCGCGAGUGGCGUUGGACGGGAGCCGAGGCAGACGCAUUUCGCCAGGCGAAAGAUCUGCUGCAAUCAUCGCAUGUUCUUGUGCACUGUGAUGUCAACAGGCCCCUAGUGCUUGCCUGUGACGCUUCCCGUAUGGACUGGGUGCUGUGUUGA